AUAAAAAAAAAGAUCAGUGAAUCUGAUAGUGUCAGAAAUUAAAGUGGAAGUGCUGCGUAUCGGUUUUAAUUGGCUUAAAAUCGAUAGAAGCUGGUAGAAGAAAGGUAGAACAAUUUUCAUUUUAAAAAGGAAGCGAAAAGAGUCAAAAUGGUUCACACCGAUAUUCUCAUCAAAGGGCCUUACGAAGAUACGAGAAAGAACAAAAAUGCAUCGUCAGCACACCAACAGCGACCUCAACAAUCGCAGAACAAGAAUGACAAGUAUGGCUCUUGGGGUCCAGUGUAUAAGAACAAACAAAACUUUAUCGACAUGCAUAUUUGCUGAUUACUAUGAGGUAUAACUUGAAAGAUCGUAUUGAAGAUAAUGAAUAACGAAUAAAAAAAUUUUAUAUAUUACUUGCAUCACUUUAUCACUUUAAUUUCGACACCAAAGAUUUCUUUGUUAAAUUGAUUAAUUAGUAACAAUAAAAAUGAAUAGAAGCAAUUAGAAGACAAAAGAUUGAUUAUUCUUUAACCGAUUAUUCAAAACAAUUUCCACUUGAAGAGGAAAAAAUGCUAAUAAUCUUUGAAGCUUCGAAAACAGACGGAUGAAAAAACUAUAUCACUAGUUCCGCCGGAUAUGCAACUCACGAGAAGACAAAGGACUUGGAAAAAAUAACUGACGAUUAGGUUAGGAAUCUAAGAAUAUAAAUACAUCGAAUACAAUUUUCAUCCAUUUCGUUUUUCAUUCACUAUGGGAUCAAUUAAAUUUAAUUAAAUAAAUUCUUCAUAUUUCUAUUCAUGAAACAUAAUAUCUCAGAACGUUUAAAUGAAUUCUUCCGUCAUAAUCAGACUACAACUUACAAUACACUCUUCUUUAUUCCAACUCGAUUUGAAUAGAAAAAUCUAAAAAUUUCUUUAAAAAAUUACCACAUAAAAGAGAAUAUGCAGAAGAAAGAAGAUAUCAAAAGAUUCCAAUUUCAAAUAUAUUUAAAGUUAAAUCGUUAUAAAUAAAAUAAACAUUUCGAUCAUCUUCAAAAAUUCUCUCAAAACUCUUUUACAAUACAAUCUUUAUUUCGAUUCCACGUAUCGAAUCAACUCUUCGAAUAAAACUGUUUCGUUCACCUGGAAAAUCAGCCUGGAAAUCGACCAAAAACGGGUGAAAUAAGAUUUGGAGAGGAAGAUCGAUCGGGGAUCCCCUCGGUUUCCACCCCGUCGAGUCGAGGAAAUAGUAGGGGAAAGCCGGGCUGGUGGGGAAACGAGCGAGGAAGAGAAAAAAAAGCUUCUGGACAAACGAGAGAGCUUUGCCGUGGCUCGGAUAGAACGGGGGCAACGUGGUGCAGUCGUUGAGAACGCGUCGUCAGGUUCGGUGUUCCUCUGAAUGGAGGGUGACGGGGGUGGAACGGUUCGUCGCUCGAGAAUUCACGUUCGACACAACGUCUAUCUCGUUCCUAAUAUUUAUCCUGAUAAUAAUUAAACACGCUUAAACGCUUUCGUCCUUCCGACGAAAUCGAAGGACGUGGCAAUUUUUUUUUUUUUUUUUUUUUUUUUUAAUCAACGCGAUUAGAGGGAUUCGAUCGAGAGUGAAAGAGGAGGAGGAGGAGGAGGAGGACGAAAGAAGAGGAGAAAGAAGGAAAGUGGCGUUGCUCCGUGGAACGCGAGAGAUAACCCGAGAGUCGACGUCCCGACGCUGCUGCUAUUUCGAGGCUGAAACACACCGGUCGUUCGCGGAUGUAUUCUAAGGGAAAAAAAUCGUCUGUUUAAAAUUCGGCACGAUGAGGGCACGAGACUCGAUCGUGUACACUCCGGUGUCCCUUGGACCGGAUACGGAUGACGAGGAAACGUUGGUCAACGCGGAAGUUUACAACAAUGAUCUGGCCCAGAUCCGAGCAUUGGUGGAGUCGACGGGGAUGCUAGGUGGCUCUACCUGUCCAUCCUGCGAGAUGCCAUUCGACAAAGGGAAGAAACGUCGAUUGAUCGACUCGUGCGGCCACGAGCGCUGCUAUUCCUGCCUGUUCCGCAGCGAGGCUUGCCCGCUUUGCCUGCGCGCCGAUUUCAACGACGACGACGGCCUGGAGGGACCCUUCAGGGAGGGGUUCAUCGGCUCCUCGGGGCCCAUGUCCAUCCUCGCGCCCACGGAUGGCUGGAUCGAUGAGUCAUCAACGGUGAACUCUCUCUGCGGCAGCCCCAGACCGCGUACGAAAGUCACCACGAGAGCCAAUCUUCCUUCGAGAGUCAUGCACCAACGCGAGACCGAUGAAAGUGUUUCUUCCUCGGCGAUGGCUAAAGGAUUGAAGAACAAACCACCGGCACUUCCGGAGUCCUCUCAGGGGAAGCAGAAGCUUCAGAUGAUGACUCAGAGUUGUCCAACCCCACCGAAUCAAAGGAAGAGGUUUUUCCUGAAUCCAAAGGUGCUCAGGAGUUCAUUCGUUCCUCAAAGAUCGUCCAGACGGGGAGCAUCGUCUCCCGAACCAGUCGUAAACGACAAUCCUUCCGCCUUGUCAGACGACGAAGGAGGUUGCGUCAAGCCAUUGUCCUCCAAGACGAGGAAAUCGUCCCAAUCGGAUCUCCACAUGAGGCUAGGCCUUCUCCUAGGCACGAAUCACACUCGAGCGAGCAGCAGCGUGGACACGACGGAUCUGCCUGGUGCCUCGAAUCGUUCCAGCGCGGGUGCAUGCCAAUCCAGAGUCCCUAUCCAAGGCCAUGACAGUUCUGCAGCCUCGUUCAGCAGUUUAACCAGCUUCGAAACGCAAACGUUGGCCUCCACGAACACCAGUCCGGUGUCUACGUUGACUGGAACGUCGAGUGAAGCGGAAGCAGCCGCAGCUUUGAGGUGUCCUAUCAAACCUAAGACGAAAGUAAAAGGAAAGAGCAAGUCCAGAGAUUGCGACAGUGCUGGAAGCUUGGCCUCCAUCUCAACCUCGGUGUCCGCGUCCACUUCUAUGUCGAUGUCGAUGUCCGUUUCCGUUUCGGGCCUGUCGAACGGCAGCUCGAGCCCGCUCACUCCUAGAAGACAUUCCGUGAACGCCUCGCAACCUGGCCAAAGCGACGAGCUUGGCCAGUUCAAAAACAGACGGUCUUGCGCCAGGAGAUCAGCCAGAACUGGAAACGUCAAGGGUGUUGUCGACACGAAAUUACGUUUCAUACAGCAUCACGGUACGCAGCUGACCCUGAAACCUCUGUUCUUCGAAGUACCUUUAUUGGAAGCCGAUCCAUUGUUCACCGGUCGCCAAUGGCUGCUCCAAGAACUGGAAUCGGUUGUAAACGGGUCCAGCCCUGGAGUUUUGAUCUCUGGGUGUCCUGGAACCGGGAAGACCGCGCUGGUUCUACAGCUGGUUGAACACAGUUGUUUUGGAAGAAGGCGGGAACAACCUCUUCCAUCGGAAAUCAACGAGGAGGCUGGAGAGAAAGAGAAAAUAAGUUGCAGCUCGGCUUUGCAUGCUAGUAUUCGUUAUACCAACGAGAAGGUUCGAGAAUUAGCUUCUCACGUUGUAGCAUAUCACUUCUGUCAAGCGGAUAAUAACAGUACUUGUUUGGUACCAGACUUGAUCCACUCUUUAGCAGCUCAAUUAUGUCAAGCUCCUCAACUCAUCUCCUACAGAGAAUAUCUGCUCUCGGAACCUCAUAUACAGGGUUCUCUAUCGCAAAGAGAAUGCACUGUCGAUCCAGAUCUUGCACUAUCUAGAGGUAUAAUUGAACCCUUGUCUACAUUGAAGAAAACAAAUAGACUGCCUGACACCAAUAUGGUGAUUUUAAUCGAUGCUGUCUGCGAAGCAGAGUACCAUAGACCAGAUAGAGGCGACACAAUAGCAUCCUUUUUAACGAGGCAUGCUCCAAACUUUCCUAGCUGGUUAAAAAUUGUAUGCACAGUCAGGACGCAAUUGUUAGAAUGCGCCAAACAACUACCUUAUACCAGGGUCUCCUUAGACAGAGCCUCAAACGACAGCGCCGGAAGUAACGUGACAAGAGAUCUCUCUGAUUACAUUGGAUAUAGAUUAGCUCAGAGUCCUGCUAUUCAAACAAACGUCACUGCAUCGGUGAAUGGCAAAGCGGAAUCAUCCUGCAGUGCGAAUCAAACCAGAUUCGCCUCGCAUCUAUUAGCUUUAGCUAGAGGUAGCUUUCUCUUCGCGAAAUUGACGCUCGAUCUUAUCGAGAGCGGUCAUCUGGUGGCUAAAUCUGCCAGCUAUAAGGUACUGCCAGUCUCCUUGGCGCAGAUUUUCCAGUUGCACUUCAACCUCAGGUUCCCUACAGCAACAUCGUUCGACAAGGUUCAACCUCUAUUAGGCGUUUGCCUAGCUGCUCUGUAUCCUCUAACUUUACCUGAGAUCUUCUACUCGGUGAAUUCUCUGAACACGGACCAUUUCGUUUCAUGGGAGGAUUUUCUACAGAGAUUCAAAAUGCUCUCUGGAUUCCUCGUGAAACGUCUGGACAAUACCUACAUGUUCUUCCAUCCAUCGUUCAGGGAGUGGUUGAUGAGAAGGGACGAGGGCGAAUCGACCAAGUUUCUCUGCGACCUGAGGUUAGGUCACGCAGCCAUCGCGUAUAGGCUCUCCAGACUCCAGGCACCGUUAGAUGGCGAUAAAGCUUUAGAAUUGGGUCACCAUAUACUGAAGGCGCACGUUUACAGAGGCGUUGCUCCGUGUUGGCCUUCGCGCGAUCUACAGGCCAUUUGGUUAGCAUCGUCCACGGAAUGCGUCUCCUCCGCACUGUGCACACUGAGGAACAUCUACAGCCCGAACGUGAAGGUUUCGAGGUUGCUUUUGCUGGCAGGAGCAUCUCCGAAUCACAUCACGGAAUAUCUGGGCAAUGCUCCAGCUCUUUGCAUGUACGCUCACGAAGGUUCUGUCGAGAUGGUAUCGUUGUUAUUGGAAUUUGGAGCCGAUGUCGAGUUGACGAACAGCCAGGGAUGCACAGCGCUCUCGUUAGCGGCUGCUCGUGGCCAUUGCGAUGUUGUCAGAAGACUAGCCGCUGCUGGAGCUUCGUUAGGUCACACGGACAUGGCAGGACAGUGUCCCUUGGUUCACGCAGCUAGACACGGAAGAUUGUCCGUGGUUGGUUACCUUUUGGCUUGCGAUUGGGUAGUUCCAACCAACGUGAGUGAAAUCGAAGGAUCUCAAGAAAUAGGUAGAGAAGAGGCUGCUCAGCAAGCUGUGGUCGCCGCAGCGGCUCAAGGUCACGAGUCUAUCGUGGAAUACUUAUUAGACAUGGCCGAAGUUAUUGUAGAUCGUCCUGAUACUUUGAUAGGCGAGACUGCCUUGACUAUCGCUGCUGCAAACGGUUCCACGGCCACAGUUUCGGCAUUGUUGGCUCGAGGAGCGAAUCCAACAGCUGUGAACGCAAAAGGAUUGUCUCCUUUGAUGUUAGCUGCAAGAGAGGGACAUUGGGGUACGGCCGAAAGAUUACUGCAAGGAACACUCUCGAGCAGUACCGAUACCGUUCUGGACGAUGCAGCAUCUCUCCUAGAUCAACGAGACCCAGCUGAUCGUACUGCACUGAUGCUAGCUGCCUCAGAAGGUCACACAAACUUGAUCGAACUAUUUUUAGACAAAGGAUCCGUUCUAGAGAGUAGAGAUAAAGAAGGAAUGACCGCUCUCUGCUGGGCCUGCGUGAGAGGAAGACUAGCCGCCGUGCAGAACCUUAUUGAUCACGGGGCUGAUGUUAAUACUAACGAUAAUACAGGGAGAACUCCUCUAGAUCUAGCUGCCUUCCAGGGCAAUCCAAAGUUGGUGCAAUUGUUGCUCGAGAAAGGAGCAGCGGUCGAGCACGUCGAUCUCCACGGAAUGCGACCUUUGGACAGAGCGAUCGGAUGUCGAAAUAUACCCGUGGUGCAGUGUUUCCUACGCCGUGGGGCGAAAUUGGGCCCGGCAACCUGGGCGAUGGCCGCUGGAAAACCAGACGUUCUCCUGAUCUUAUUGAACAAACUCCUCGAAGAUGGGAACGUCCUCUACAGAAAGAACAGGCUGAAAGAGGCGUCGCAUAGGUACGCGUAUGCGCUACGAAAGUUCCCUGCGUCGCCGGAAGAGGAUUGCCAGGGGCAAGAGCAGGGUCACAUGAUGCUGCAACUCCAGACGUUUGCGCAACUUCGACUGAAUUUCUUGCUCAACCUCAGUCGAUGCAAGCGCAAGAUGAAUGAAUGUGCGGAAGCAAUCGAGCUCGCUGACGAAGCUCUAAAAGUUCGUCCAGUAUCGUACGAAGCAUUUUACGCGAGGGCGAAAGCACGAGUUGAUUCAGACUUCCUGGAGGACGCAUUAUCCGACGUCCAAGAGGCAUUGCAGAUCGCACCACCGCAAAAUCGACAGGAUCGGCGCGUUCUCGUUACUCUGAAGGAAGAAAUAGUUUCCAGAUUGGAUGGAGUAGGGACCAGCAAAGGAUCGGUUGACUCUACCAGCAGAUCUCGCCUUCGAGCGUCAGUCGACACUCUCACAGAAUUGUAAAAUUAUCUAUUUUUUUGUCUUUCAAAAGACUUUUGAUUGCCCACGUUUAAGAUAUCGUCCUUUCUUUCACAAAGGGAAUGAUUAUAUGCAAGCUCUGAAACAGUUCUUGCAUGCGUAUAUUUAAUUUAUAAGUUGAUUUUUCUUGAACUGAACUCGCGAUUCCUCGAAGAUUUCUUUUAAAAAGAUAAUAUGGCUUAGGAUUUGCUUUCAAAAAAUAUUUGGAGGCAAUUCGAAACAUUCAAUCAAAUUCGAAUGAAGUAUUUUGUUUAUUUCCUUUUUUUUUUUUUUUUUUUUUUUUUAUUUUGUUAAUUUAACGACUCAUUGCGUACGUUGUACGUACUUGAAGAAAUAUUCCUUCUCCAUUGCGUUGCUUGAUUCAUUUUUGAUAAUCAGCAAGGAUUUAUAUAUGUUUUUAUUCUUUUCUUUUCUGUGCAAUUGUAUUGCAUGACCGUGUUAGGAUUUUGUACUAUGUCCAAUUCGAUUCUAAAUCGAAUACAGAGUUUAAUAUAUAUAUACGUUUUUCUAUAUAUAUAUAUAUACACAUAUUAUAUAUAUAUAGUAAAUAUAUAUAUAAGUAUUUAUAUUAUAUUACGCGUAAAAAAAAAAAAAUUGAUUUUUUAGUGUCGUUGUAAUUUAAAUGAAAGUUAUUUAAUUGUUUCUUCCUCUCUGUUUCUUUCAGUAUUUUCUCUCUUUUUUUUUUUUUUUAAAUAUAUCGCCACAAAGAAAAAAAAAUGCAAUUUAAUAAAAGAGAAUUUUGAUAUUGAUAUGAUUCCAGCGUUAAAUUGUCACAGCCUGUAGAUUAAACAUGGCUGCCAUUUUUCCACGCGUGCGAAACGCAACACGAUCUCGCUGAACGUAUUUAUAAUGCACUCGCUUGCCAAGCAUUUAAUACACUUUUAAUUCCUCUGUAACCCGUCACGAUCGUUUCCGAAUUUUUAUGUUAAUACAAGCGCUGCAAAGUUGUAUGGACUUCGAU